AUGGAGAGGUACAAGUUAAUUAAGGAAGUUGGUGAUGGAACAUUUGGGAGUGUUUGGAGAGCCAUUAAUAAGCAAAGUGGUGAAGUUGUUGCAAUAAAGAAAAUGAAGAAGAAAUAUUACUCUUGGGAGGAGUGUGUAAACCUGAGAGAAGUCAAGUCAUUGCGAAAAAUGAAUCAUCCAAAUGUUGUGAAACUGAGGGAAGUUAUUCGAGAAUGUGACACUCUGUGCCUUGUUUUUGAGUACAUGGAAUACAACCUGUACCAACUUAUGAAAAACCGGGAAAAGCUGUUUUCUGAAAAUGAUGUUAGAAAUUGGUGUUUUCAAGUUUUCCAAGGUUUAGCUUACAUGCAUCAGCGGGGAUACUUUCAUCGUGAUCUGAAGCCAGAGAACUUGCUGGUCACCAAGGAUGUCAUCAAGAUUGCUGAUUUUGGCCUAGCCCGAGAAAUCAGUUCACAGCCACCCUAUACCGAGUAUGUCUCCACACGGUGGUAUCGUGCUCCUGAAGUCCUACUUCAGUCCCAUCUAUAUGGAUCUAAAGUUGAUAUGUGGGCAAUGGGUGCUAUUAUGGCUGAGUUGUUUACUCUCCGUCCUCUAUUCCCCGGUACCAGUGAAGCAGAUGAGAUCCACAAAAUAUGCAGUGUAAUAGGUAGUCCAACAAAUGAAUCUUGGGCAGAUGGACUCAAGCUUGCCAGGGAUAUCAACUAUCAGUUUCCGCAGCUUGCUAGUGUACAUCUCUCUGCUUUGAUUCCAUCCAGAAGUGAUGAUGCAAUCAGCCUUGUUACAUCACUUUGUUCAUGGGAUCCCUGCAAGAGACCAACAGCAGCAGAGGCUCUUCAACAUCCUUUCUUCCAGAGUUGCUUUUACAUCCCUCCAUCCCUUCGCACGAGAUCUGUGACUAGAACUCCUCCAUCUGCUGGGACCAGGGGUUCACUGGAUCGGCAGGGGCUCAAGAGACACUCUGGUGCUUUGCCUAGUACAAAAAUCGCCAAGAAUUUUUCUUCCCCAAAAUUACAAGCUUCUGUAACUUCAGGUGUGCAGCGGAAGCUGGAUUUGGCUAACGUGGACAAGAACAAGAAGUCAUUGAAGACUACUCAACAAUCAAAAUAUCGAUUACCAGGAAAAGACAGCCCGACUUCUAUAAACAAGGGGAGGACUGCACGCGGGGUUUCAGAAACCACUGAGAAGGUUGCCAAUAUGUCCAUUGGUACGCGAAGACAGUCCUUUGGACAUAGCCGUCCACCGCCUCCAAUGAAGGCUGGAGUCAAUUGGAUUUCUGAAUCUGGAAACUUCAUGCUGAGGUCAGGACAACAAAUUCCAGCUGAGAGAAAAGUUGCCGGCUGA